AUGGAGGCGCAGUCCUAUUGCGCCAAGCUCUUGGGGGAGCUGAACGAGCAGCGGAAAAGGGACUUUUUCUGUGAUUGCAGCAUCAUCGUGGAAGGGCGCAUCUUCAAGGCCCACAGGAACAUUUUGUUUGCUAACAGUGGCUACUUCCGGGCCCUGCUCCUUCACUACAUUGAGGACAGUGGGCGGCACAGCACUGCCUCCUUGGACAUUGUCACCUCGGACGCCUUCUCCACCAUCUUAGAUUUUCUCUACUCCGGGAAGUUGGACUUGUGUGGCGAGAAUGUGAUUGAAGUUAUGUCAGCUGCCAGCUACCUGCAGAUGAAUGACGUGGUCAACUUCUGCAAGGCGUACAUCAGGUCAUCCCUUGACAUUUGCCGAAAGAUGGAGAAAGAAGCCGCCGUGGCUGCAGCUGUGGCAGCGGCCGCGGCAGCAGCUGCUGCCGCAGCUCAUCAGAUAGACAGUGGAAGUCCAAGUUCAGGACUGGAGGGGACUUCCUGUGGUACCAAGAGCUUUGUCUCCUCUCCAGUAGGGGGAGAAGGGAGUGUGGAAUGUACAAGAGCAUCCCCUUGUGAUGACUGUCACCCCUUGGAACUGGCGGUCAAAGACAGCCAGAGCUCCAGCGCCUCUGACAGUGACCUUUCUAUUGUGCCCAGGCGGGUUGAACCCAAGGUGGAGUUUGAUGUGGCCAGAGUAGAGGUGGAGGCCAGCGAGCAGCUGCAGCAGUAUGCCGCCCCACUGGCCCAUGCGGAGGACGGCCUGUCCGGUAACCAGGCCUUGGACUUGACUUUCGGCAACUACCAUGUGAAGCAGUUCCUGGAAGCUCUCCUGCGCAGCGGUGCUGUCCAGAGCAAAGAUGACUCGGAUCAUCAGUUUUCUCAUAGUUGGGAGGGAAGACUGGAAGGUGCAGGAGCGGCCAUGAGCUCCGUGAUGGACGUUCAGAAUGACUGGUAUAGAGAGGACUCAGGUGACGUGCUGGUGGUCCCCAUCAAGCUCCACAAGUGUCCUUUCUGCCCUUACACUGCCAAGCAGAAGGGCAUCCUCAAGCGGCAUAUCCGAUCGCACACUGGUGAGCGGCCUUACCCCUGCGAGACCUGUGGCAAGAGGUUCACACGGCAGGAGCACCUUCGGAGCCAUGCCCUGAGCGUCCACAGAUCCAACCGUCCCAUCAUCUGCAAAGGCUGUCGAAGAACCUUUACCAGCCACCUGUCUCAGGGGCUACGGCGCUUCGGGUUGUGUGACGGCUGCACGUGUGUCACAGACGCCCACGAUGAAGAUGACGAUUUGAUGCCCGUCAACCUUAGCCUGGGGGAGGCUUCUUCCGAAAGCCACGGGAAGAGUGACGCAGACGACUGGCCCAUCUAUGUGGAGUCCGGGGAGGAGAAUGACCCAGCUGUGGACGAGUCCGACCACAAGCCACACGGUCGGCCCAACUUACCAGACCGAGAGACACUUACGUGA